GUUUGGCAGCAUGUAUAAACUUUUCCUGCUGAUAGCAGUCCUUUUGGACCCGGUGUUUUCUAUUAUUUUCUACCUGCCAGUCAACUCUUUUAAAUGUCUACAAGAUGACAUCCGCAAAAAUGUGCUGGUCUCAGGCGAGUACGAAGUCAGCGAAUAUCCAAACACCAGAACCAAUCUGGAGAUUACCGAUUCUUUGGGCGACAUGUUGUACAGCAAGAAGAAUGCCACGAAAGGGAGAUUUUCAUUCAUAACGCAAAAUCACGACAAGUUUGAAGUUUGCUUCAGCAGCAGUUCUCAAAUGGGCAGUGGCCUGGUCCCAGACCAAGACGUCACACUGAACAUGAAGCAUGGCGUGGAAGCAAAGAGCUCCGAAGAGAGUAAAAAACUGGAGACACUGACCCCACUUGAGGCGAAGUUAAAACACUUGGAGCGCCUCUCACAGUCCAUCGCAGAUGACUUCAUCUACGUGAAGGAACGCGGGAAAGAGAUGCAACAAACAAAUAAGUCCACCAACAUGCGCGUGCUGCUCUUCAGCAUCAUCUCCAUCUGCUGUUUUCUUGGACUGGCCACGUGGCAGAUUUUCUAUUUGAGACGAUUCUUCAAGACCAAGAAGUUGAUUGAGUGAA